AUGGCCCAAACGCCACACAAUGGAGACGCACCACCUCCCAACCAAAAACGGAAACGACAACAACCCACGCCUCCCAUCACUCCCCUACCCCAACUCAUUAUCCCACUCUCACACCUCCCGAUAAUUGACGUCGAGGUUACCGAACAGCCAACGAUGGAGGAGAGAAACGGUCUAACAUGGAUCGUCAAGGACCGCCCACUAAAACAGCUGGCGAAGCAACAGCUCAUCCGCCUCUGCACCGACUCACAGCGAUCCGGAGUCGGAAGGCUGUCACAGAUCGUGACGCUCAGGCGUCACUGGAUCACGUUCGCCAUCUCGGGCGCCCGAUCCUAUUGCACGUUACGCGUCCCUGUCCCAUGGGUCGCCCUAGACAACAUCGAAGGUAGAUCACACGCCUCGACCUACGCCACGCUACCAAACCUCCCGCGCCCCCACCCCAGCUUCCGCCACCUCCCCUCAUUCCGAAACGAUGGCGAGAACCCAUACGAAUUCGACAUCGAGGAAGAAGAGCUCGAGGAGCUAGACCGCCGCCUACGAAGGAUCGCGAAUGACGAGGAGCUAGAUGCCGGAAAGGAGGGCGAAAAGAUCGGAAAGUAG